AUGGCUGAGCUCCUGCUUGUAAAUCACAGCCUCUGCUGUUCUUGGUACCCAGCUUUGAGAGAACCUACCAGAGCAACUCUGCAGCCCAGAACGCCACUCUGCACAUGCACAAAAGAGAUGCACAUCGCUGCCAAGACUUUCCAGGAGUCUGACGGGGCUGCUGGAGCUGAGCUGAGAAAAGCGUUUCCAGGGAGCAAGGAGGGCGAGGGCGUGGACGGGGCGGGGGAGGGGGCGCCUAGCACAUCGGUCGCGGUGGGGCAGAACCCCCGUCGACGGGCGGUGGGUAGGGCUUUCCUUUCUGCCCAGCCCGGCAGUGAUCUCGGGGCGAGCGGCUUGUUCGCGGCGGACCACCUCCUCUCCCGCAGCAAGCCUGCCUGGAGCGCGCCCGCCUCUUCGGCUCUGAUCCUGGACGCGUCCCCCUGCGCGCCCGCCCGCCCGGCGUCGCGUCCUCUCCCUCAGCCUGUGGUCGCGGAGCAGGGAGGCCAGUGCCGGGCGCCGAGCCCCGCUCUCGUCUGCCUUGCGCCGCCCGCGACGCCCCAUGGACGGGGAGGACGGGGCGCCCUGAAGCUGGCGGCGGCGAUGGCCAGAUUCCCGGCCAGGGGCGACAGCGCCUUCGAGCCCGGCCAGCUCCAGGAGGAGGCGCAGCAGGAGGGCGAGGACGACGACGACGACGACGAGGAGGAGGAGGAGGGCGACUGCUACUCGGAGCUGCUGACCAAAGGCUUGCUCCGGGCUUCGGCCGGCGGAGAGGCGCUGCCCCCGGCCAGCGCGCUGCGCGUUGGCCACCGGGAGCCGGAGCUCCGCGCGGGGAUCAAGGCAGAAAUUCAUUUUAGCAGUGAAUCCCUUUCUGCAGAAGAGGAGGAUGGAGAGACUCCUGAAAACAAGAUAAAAUCUCUCAGCAAACAUUUGCCUCCAAAGAAAACUAUCACUCAGAUUAUGAAGGAUAAAAAGAAGCAGACACAGCUCACCCUGCAAUGGCUGGAGGAGAAUUAUAUUGUAUGUGAAGGAGUUUGUUUGCCUAGGUGCAUCCUUUAUGCACACUACCUAGACUUCUGCAGGAAGGAGAAACUUGAACCUGCCUGUGCAGCAACCUUUGGGAAGACCAUUCGUCAGAAAUUUCCUCUUCUCACCACAAGGCGGCUGGGCACAAGGGGCCAUUCAAAAUAUCACUAUUAUGGAAUUGGCAUUAAGGAAAGCAGUGCGUACUACCACUCCGUGUAUUCUGGGAAAGGACUGACAAGGUUUUCUGGAAGCAAACUGAAGAAUGAGGGUGGAUUUACUCGAAAAUAUUCCCUGAGCUCCAAAACUGGGACCCUCCUUCCAGAAUUCCCCAGUGCUCAGCAUCUUGUGCUGGAUAGAUGCGUCUCUAAAGACAAGGUGGAUACCCUUAUCAUGAUGUAUAAAACCCACUGUCAGUGUGUUCUUGACAAUGCCAUUAAUGGCAACUUUGAAGAGAUCCAACAUUUCCUGUUACACUUUUGGCAAGGGAUGCCUGACCAUCUUCUUCCCCUUCUUGAGAAUCCAGUUAUCAUUGACAUCUUCUGUGUUUGUGACUCAAUACUGUAUAAGGUCCUUACAGAUGUAUUGAUCCCUUCAACUAUGCAAGAAAUGCCAGAAAGUUUAUUGGCGGAUAUAAGGAAUUUUGCUAAAAAUUGGGAACAUUGGAUAGUUUCAUCAUUAGAAAACCUGCCAGAAAGCCUUGCAACAAAAAAAAUACCAAUAGCACGAAGAUUUGUAUCUUCUUUGAAGCGUCAGACCUCCUUUUUGCACUUAGCACAGAUUGCAAGACCAGCUCUUUUUGAUCAACACACAGUGAAUGCCAUGGUGGCCGAUAUUGAGAAAGUAGACCUAUACGGCAUUGGAUCUCAGGCACUGCUCACAGGAUCGGGAACCAUGGACUCUGAUGGGGAGGGCUACAUUGAAUAUGACUCUAUUACAGUGUUCCAAGAGCUGAAGGACCUCUUAAAGAAGAAUGCUACCGUGGAAUCAUUUAUUGAAUGGCUGGAUACUGUGGUUGAGCAAAGGGUCAUCAAGGCAAGCAAGCAGAAUGGUCGAUCCCUCAAAAAGAGGGCACAAGACUUUCUUCUCAAGUGGAGCUUUUUUGGAGCACGAGUCAUGCAUAAUCUCACUUUGAACAAUGCAUCCAGUUUUGGUUCAUUUCAUCUGAUCCGCAUGCUUUUAGACGAAUACAUCUUGCUUGCUAUGGAAACCCAGUUCAACAAUGACAAAGAACAAGAACUCCAGAGUUUAUUGGACAAGUAUAUGAAGAACACGGAUGCCAGCAAAGCUGCUUUCACUGCAUCCCCAAGCUCUUGUUUCCUAGCAAACCGCAACAAGGCAGGUACAAUUUCAACUGAUGCUGCAGUGAAAAAUGAAUGUCUUGUGGAACAAGCCUAUUUCCCUUUGACAGCCAAUCCACACAGUGGCCUGUCCUCCAGUCUGAAUUCAUUCUCCACGGGGAACAAUGAGAACAUAGAGCUGACAGGUCAAACAGAUCUCUCUGAGAACGCUGCCCAUCUCAUGACCCCGCCCAUUUCUCCCGCCAUGGUCAGUCGAGGAAGUGUCAUCAACCAGGGACCCGUGGCUGGCAGCCCUCCAAGUAUCGGCCCACCAUUGCCUGCACCCUCUCACUGCUCUUCUUAUUCGGAAACCCUCUAUCAGACUGUGCCACAAGUGAAUCAAAGUUUUUAUGGUGUUGGUACCAGCUACCCAGCGAUGUUCAGGAGCCAGACUCAUCCGUCCUCUGGAGCCUAUCAGCACAGGGCAGAGCCCAGCCACUUCACGUCCUCAAAUGAGCAACAGCACUUCUCCAGGGACUACUUCAGCAGCAGUUGUGCUGUGUCCCCGUACAGUGCCAGGUCGCCUCCAAACUACGGCUCUGCCUUAGCCACGCAAGAGACACAUGGCAUGCAGUUUUUGAACAGUGGGGGCUACAACUUGAUGAACAAUUCAGCAGCUAAUUCCUGUCAAGGAUUGUCAUAUUCUUCAACUGCUUCCAAUGGGUUUUAUGGAAAUAAUAUCAACUAUACAGAAUCCCACAGACUUGGGUCAAUGGUAGAUCAGCACGUUUCUGUUAUCAGCAGCAUUAGUAGCAUCCGACCAUUGCCUCCGUACAGUGACAUUCAUGAUUCACUCAGUAUCUUAGAGGACACUGGAAGGAAACAGGGACCAACCUAUUAUCCAGAGGCCUCCAUAGCCUGUCGAAAUCCCACAGCUUCAGACAUGCAGCCUGCUAUAUCGGCCUCCUCCUCCCAGUGCAUGUACGGCCAUGCUAGACAGUGUCCUUCACAGGAGACAGUGGACUCUUCUGGACAAGCCAGCAGUGAGAUGGUCACAUCUUUACCACCAAUCAAUACUGUUUUUAUGGGAACCGCUGCUGGAGGCACCUGA